AUGCUUCUUGCUGCCUGGUGUCAAUGCGAAGCGAGACCCAUCGAGAACCGACACCUCGUCACCUGCCAGGGCUAUACUGACCUUUCCUUCUGCAGCGUCUUUCGCAUUCCACCUGCUCCUCGUCGUCGGAAACGCAAGACCCGAGAAGACGAUGUCGUCGCUCGCUUGAAACACUACGAGGACUUGCUUCGUGAUCAAGGCAUCGAUCCAACCACCCCAUCUACUACUCCCAGCAAAGUUGACACGACCUCUCCCCUUGACGAUGGGGACAACUCCAGUACGUCGAUAUCUAAGCCCGCAGAGCCUCCGUGGACGUCGGGUUCACUCCAAGGGAGAUUGAUCACUGACCAGGGGAGAUCUCGAUUCAUUCAAAAUAAACUAUGGACUACUGUCAGCGAAGAGCUCCAUCACAGCAGAGAUGUCAUUCAGGAUACUGAGAGCGAGGAUGAAUUGGAUGCUCUUGACGACACGACUGACUUCGUCCUCGGGGUGACACCAUACCCCACUCAGACAUCGAGCCUGCACCCAAGUCCCGAUCAUAUGUUCAAACUGUGGCAGAUUUUCCUCACAAACGUCAAUCCUUUGGUAAAGAUCGUCCAUCAACCCACCCUACAGCGAACUCUUGAGGACGCCAUUCAGGACAUAGACCAUAUACCCCGUGGGCUUGAAGCCCUCAUGUUUGCUAUCUACGGUGCCGCUGUCCUUUCCAUGCGGAAUGGCGAAUGUGAAGCAAUUUUUGGCGAGCCUCGUGCAAGUUUACAAUCUAGGUACAGGUUAGGAAUCCGCCGGGCUUUGACAAAGGCACGAUUUAUGGCGACUUCCGAUAUUGUCGUCCUGCAAGCACUCGUCAUCUAUCUUCUCACUACGCGCCAAGUCUUGGACGCUCGCACCUUAUGGACGCUAUCAGGCGUUGCAAGUCGUAUAGCUCAAGGCUUGGGCGUGCAUCGAGACGGCACCGUCCUUGGCCUUCCUCCUUUUGAGACGGAAAUGCGCCGCCGGCUUUGGUGGCAAAUCAACCUGCUUGACUUCCGGGCGGCUGAGCUGAGUGGUUUUGGCGGCAUGUCGGAAGUCAACUGGUGGAACACAAAGGUGCCGUCAAACGUCAAUGACGUGGAUAUUUGGCCAGGCAUGAAAGAACCCCCUGUUGAGCACACUCGGCCCACUGAGAUGGUGGUCUGCUUGCUUCAUUAUUCAGUCGGCGCCUUCUGGAGGCGAAAGCUCUUGCAAGCAGGCACUGCCGAAGAGGACCUUACGCGAGCUCUGCAACGCUGGGUAGCAACAAAAACGAUGCCCGAAAAGGAUGCGUUCGUUGAUGAAUUCCAGGCUGACUUGGAAGAAAAGGUGUUGAGAUAUUGUGACCCUGCCAUGCCACUCGAGAUGAUGGCUUUGAUCAUUGGGCGUACAAUGUGCAAAGGUAUCAGAUUCAUGGCGCACCACCCUCGGCGCUACCCAAGCGAGAAAGAUAUCCCUGACAGUGAACGCCAAUUUCUAUGGACAACAAGCAUGGCGUUGAUGGAGGCCGAUAACCUUGCCCAUUCCCAUCGAUCGCUGCAAAGAUUCAGCUGGCACAUCGACGCCGGGUUUCAGUGGCAUUCCUUCAUAUUUGCGCUGGGAGAGCUCAUAGCCCGGCCAACUGGCGACGGCAAGGACGAUGCUUGGAUUCAGAUUGAGGACAUCUUUAAGAACCAUCCAUCCUUCGUCUCCGACCAAAAAAAGCCGCUUCACAUCGCGAUCGGCAAUUUGUGCUUGAAGGCAUGGCGAGCCCGCGAAAAGGCACAAGUAGAAAAUCCCCAGGGGUUGUCGUGGCUGGAUACUCCGCAAUUCAUUCUACAGCUUCGCAAACAGCGAGAGGUUCAGGAGCGGAAGGUCGAUGCUAGUCGAGCUUCCGCAUCACAGCCGAAUCCUAUCACUCAGGCUGAAGACACGAACCCGAUGAGAGAGUCGCUGCCCCCCAAUACUUCGGCCGCAGAGAGCCUGCCCAGCGUCCAGCAAUUUGAAGAGCCGGCCACUACAUUAGAUUCUACCUUUUCAGCGCAUGACUUCUCUGUUAUGGACAAUAUGGCCAUGGACUGGCAAAGAUGGGAUACCCUCCUUAACGAUUUCGAGUUGCUCACACAGCCCUCCACCAUGAAUCCCGGGCACUUGCAGCACCUCGGACAGUACGGGCAACAAGGCUAUUCAUGGCCGUUGUCGCAGAUUUAUGACAACCCAUGA